CCGAGUUGGCAACACUGCACACGCCACUUUGUUGUAGAUGACGUCAUCAGACAAACAAAAGGAAGAUGUCGAGCGCUCCAUAAGAGAACAGUAAAAUAUGGGGACGCUACGGAAGAGAAAUUGUGACGCAGCCUUCGUGGACGACAACGAUGGUGUGAGAGAAACUGCGGCACGAGACACACAGAACAACGACCACUACAGAGAAAGACAACCAGAACAAGAGAGAAAAAGACUCAAUGAAAAUGUCCAACAAUAUAAAAACAAGACAGUGUGUGGCUGUAUUGUGCUGGGGUUAUGCGUCAACACAUUGCUCUACACAUUGUUCCUGGUGCAACAUCCAGGCACUCCUGUAUGGUUCUGGGACGCCGCGGAUGGUCUGGCCGUCGUCACCUUAAACACCAACUUUACGCCUCUUGACCCUUCAGUCUUCUCCAGUUUUAUUGACUCUGAGAAGUCACGUCACAGCCUGUACGGUGUGUUGUCAUGGAAGGUGGCAGCUGUGUCGUGGUCGUGGGUCCAGCCUAAGGCCUUCACCGCCUUACUCCCGGAGGAGGGCAUCAGUGCUCAGCCCGGCCAUGUGUGGACAUUAUUGCCAGACACAACUAAAGACAAUUUCAUGUUCAGUAACAAGUAUGUGCCGCCUCCACCGUCAGGACCUGUGGAGGAGCUUCUGUACCAUCUGCUGUGUCUCUUUCACCCACAACCCUUCCUCCAGUCCAGGUAUGGUCCUAGAGGAGCUGUAGCUGUAGUCAGAGCCAGGAGUACUGACUGUUUAGAUGUCUGCUUCAGGCUCCAUGCAGAGUAUCAGCUCAAUACUCCCCCACGACGGCCGCUCUGGUUUACCCCAGCUGCGUUCAUCGGAAGAGUUGUCAUCAACACAACGGACGCAGAUGUCAAGUAUUUCUCUAUGUUUGUUCCUACACACAACUUCCUCAAUGUUGACCUGGAGUGGCUGACAGGACCCAAUGAGGAUGUGGACAUGGAGGUGACCAUCACACACCUCCCCCAGAUGACCAUAACAACAGACACCAUGAACCCUAAUGAACUCAACUGGAAGGAACAGAUACAACAAGAUGAAGCUCUCAAACUUGUGGGGAAAACAUUUUAUAAAUAUAUGCAGGUUGAGUACCACAACUUCACAGAAGCAUACAGUGUGGCCAGCAGUGAGCGGCAGCCGAUACACUCAGUGGUGCUGUGGGGAGUGUUGGCGGACCAGUCGUGCUGAGGGUCAGGCAGGGCACUGAGGGAGG